AUGGGCAUGCCAACGCCUGCGCGGGCUGUCGCUUCUUCACAGUGUAUGCGAACAUCUCGAGCUCAUGCAGGCUUCUUGCAACCAUUCGCGCUUCCUACCGCCGCAGGAGGAUCAGAACGCCUCUUCUGCAACCCCAGGGGCCCCCUACUGCAGCAUUUGCAUGCUGGCAACAUGCGUGCCCGGCAACUGCAUCACCAGUCAGUAGCGCCCUCAUCUCCUGCUGCGGCUGCUGGUGACGAGCACUCGCAGAGCACCGAAUUUGGACUCUUAAGCACUUCUGAAGCCCCUCUCCCGCUGCGGGCUGCAUUUGCUGCUCAGCCUUCGCCUUCAGAGCCACCCCCGAAGCGCCGCUGGGGGCCGUGGCUGAAGGUUUCUCUCUUCGGGAUCAUUUCAGUCUCUCCUUUUGUAGGAGCUGCAUUUCUAUUCAAGUCGCUCAUGCAGCAGAGGCAGGAGGAGCAGGCUACGGCCAUGCUCGCCGCUGCAGACACGGAGACAGCACUCCGAACUGCACAGCAGCUUGUUUCUCGAGCCACCACUUGUGUCUGCAUUGCCGGUGGAGCAAAGGGUGGCCGCAUCAUAUCCACGGCUGUAGAGCCUCAUUUGCCGGAGACGCGCGUCCUGCGCCUGCCUACAAAGGAUGUUAUUGAAGGCAUUCCGAACAACGCCCUAACGUAUUUGCUUGCAGGCGAGCGCGGCAGCUUCAGCUUGCCCUUCAAUUUUGUGCACUUCGGUAUCAGUGCCUCGAGUGCGUUGCUCUCGAAGGUCACAGCAGGCGAAUCUUUGGCUCUCCUCUAUGUUGACUCUACCAGCGGCGGGAGCGUGCUGCUAACAGGUGUCGCCGCGGUGCUGGAUCUUCCUGCAUAUAAGGCGCAUUACUGGCGGAACUGCUGGGAACCUACGCUUCCAGGCGGCAGCUCGAGCCCAGACUACAAGCUAAUCAAGUUUGUACCCAGUUCAAUUGCAAUUGAUCUUCCGUCUCGGGGCAAGGCAAAGUGGAAGCCUAUCAAACUUUCCCGCAUAAUUACGGAAGAGAGCAUCUACUGGGCUCUAGACGACGGGGGCGCCGGACCGGCCUGCUAG